CUGACGUCUGUAGCCAAUCGGCUUGAAGGAUUUAGAAACGUCGUCAGAGGCCUUCGACCAAUCAGUUUGUUUAAACAGAAGCAGUGCGAAGUUUUGUAUUUUGAGUGUGCUGUGUGCGCUGUUAUAAAAAAACGGUGGUGAUAUCCACAAAAAUGAUGGACGCAUUAUCAGUAGUCACACAGCUGCGGGACCUGGCAUCUGAACCACAAAAUCGGGAGGCGAUUGUUCAGGACCAGGGUUGCCUUCCAGGACUAGUGCUCUUCCUCGACCACAAAGACCCUAAAGUGCUCUUUGCUACCCUCCAGACUUUGCGGUACCUGGCUGAAUCACCCCGCAACAUCAACGCCAUGAAAAAUGAGCUCGGCCUGAUGGUGAGCUUGGAGACACUGAUAGAGAGGACCGGUACGACGACUGAUAUUACAGACCUUGCAAAAGAGGUGUAUAGUGUGUUGAGUUCUCAAACGCAGAGACCAGCUUGUCAGACUCCAGAGCAACAGAAGAAGAGGAACAAACCCCAGUUCUUCAUUAACAGCUCCAACAAGAAAGCAAAAUCGGUUACCCUCCAUAUACAAGGCUUGGAUGGGGCAGAUCAGAGAGGUGUGUGUGAGGAGGCCCUUUUGAGAGUCAAAGGAGUAAUCAGCUUCACCUUCCAGAUGGCUCUAAAGAGAUGUACUGUACGCAUCCGUGCCGACCUGCCCACUGAGAGUCUGGCCACUGCCAUUGCUGCCACAAAAGUGCUUUCAGCUAAGCAGGUAGUGAAAAAUGAAAAUGGAGAAGAGGUUCUCAUUCCACUCAGCACCUCUGGCUCAAAGGUAGAAGAGAAUUCACACCUGCCUGAUUACCUGCCCGAUGAUGAGAGUCCGGAGAAAGAGCUAGACCGUGCAGUGUCCCGUACUGGUGCUAAACAAGACACUGGUGGCAGCUGGCUGAACACAGCAGCCAGUUUCCUCACUAAAACCUUCUACUGGUAAAGCUUGUUUCUCACAGACUUUUCCUGGCUGAGUUCGGACCUCGACAUUUUUAAGAUCAGCAUAGAAGAGCAAGUUGCACCACUAUUGGAGCUUAAAGGACUAAUGGAAGGUCGGGGAACUGACAAAUGUGCUUUAUCAAGCUACUAAAGGUGUUGUUCAAUUUAUGAGCAAAUGUGUGAGAUCUCUGCCACAUCACAACUCUGUAUUGAUAUAUAUAUAGAUGUUGAGUUCAUUUAUAUAUGUUUAUGAAAACAUGUCUUUCCUCCCUCUCAGGAUCCAAAAUUUCCUGUUUCUGCUGUAAAGUUUGUCUGUUGUAUCGUCUUUCUUCCUGAUUUCUUGUAAAUAUUUCCAUUUUGGUGUGUUAUAAGGGGAAAUAUCUAUCUUGAGUCUCA